UGUUGCCGAGACAGUGUUGAUCACGGAACGAAACUUCGCUAUUUCAUUUAUUCCGAAAAGAAUUCAUUUUUUUUGUUCGUUUCCAAUUGAAAGCGUUUGCGUGACCCGUCGCCGUUGUGUUCACUAUUCAUCUCUGGGCAAUGUUCCAGUGGCAAUUGAUUUUAAUUAGUGUUCCGAGAAAGAAAAAUAUAGUUACACAGAAAAGAUGCGAUUUUUCGCUUAUUUAACAGUACUUUUGUUUAUAUCGCAUGACGGAUAUUGUGUGGAAUUUCACAUGAGCGAUGUAUUUAGUGUUUUAACGCAUGCAACAGUUGGUGCAUUGGAAUCCAUACCACGUUCAAUUCCGAGCCCAUCAAAAUUUUUCGAGCUCAGCAAAAAUGUGCUCAUCGGAUUUCCAUAUGAAAUCGCAUAUGCGUUGAUAAAUGACUUUUGCUCUGCUGCGCUCAAUUCAAACUCAGUGUUUGUAAAGGCAAAAUUCACCCCGAAAAUCGAAUCGAUGUCAUUUAUUUUACGAACUAAAGACGCCCAUAUAUCAAUUCCAAUUAAUAAUCCGAACGCGUUGUGGAAUCACACGGAAUUCAAUUCAAGCAAUCCAUUAACGAUAUUUGUAACCGGCUGGAAGACAAACUUAAAACACGAUGUAUCAACGGCUCAAGAUACUAUGUCCGCUGCGUAUUUGUGUCGAGGCAACGUCAAUUUUGUGACCCUUGAUACAGCUGCUUACAUUGAUACGUUAUAUAGUUGGAGCGCCUUCAACACCGAAACCAUUGGUGAAUGUUUAAGUAAUGCGUUACAGAGUUUGAUUACGAGAUAUCCGCUCGAGAAAAUUCACCUCAUCGGCCACUCUUUGGGAGCGCAAAUUUGUGGUGCUGCCGGUAGACAUUUUACAACAAAUACAAAACGUUGGAUCCCACGAAUAACUGGCUUAGAUCCGGCUAAUCCAUGUUUCAACAACGGUGAAGCUUUAAGCGGUUUAUUCCGUGGCGAUGCCCAGUAUGUUGAUGUUAUACACACAAAUCCAGGUUGUUUGGGAAAGCGAGAAGCGGUUGGUGAUGCUGAUUUUUAUUGUAAUGGUAUGUCACCGCUGCAACCGGGUUCGUUUGAUGUUUCAUCGAGUCAUAGCCGCGCCUGGCAAUAUUAUGCCGAAUCAGUAUAUCCUGGCCAGGAAAGCAAUUUUUUGGCAAAAGAAUGUACAUCGAUGCAAGCUUUUGAGACAAACUGUUGCCAUGGGCCGUGGAUUUCAAUGGGUUAUGCCACACCCACUCAUGUGAAAGGAAAGUAUUUUUUAAAAACCCACUCGAAAAGUCCGUACGGUGAAAAUUCUAGAAAAUAUUAUCAACCCGUUUGUGUCAAUUAGAACAUACACACAAGCAUUAACGUUACAAUGCCAGUGAAUAGGUUUUUUUUCUUCAUCUGAGUAUUAAAAAGCAGAAUUUAUUGCGUGGAAAAACUUUCCGGAUCGAUAACGGUAAUGAGUUUAACGCCUUUUAGGCUCUUAAUAAAGUGUGAUAAGAAAGCGUUAGGAAUGUAAA